CCAUCCAUGCAUUUCCACACCAGCUAGAGUUGCUAUGAUUUGGUUGCGAGUGAUGGCGCGGGUCGGCGUAGGAAAACCUCGCCUCCCCCGUGCAGAAGAAGAUCUAGUAGUCUGCCUGCCCUGUUGAUGUCCUCCGAGAGCGUCGUCGUCGUUGUCAGUUGGUUGUGAUCAUCGUGAGGAAUCGGAUGCGGAAUUGAUCGUGUCACCGGAAAGAACUAGUGUAGUGUUAUUCGAUCGAUUGUGCGUGAUCGUUAUUAUAAAACUAUUCUGCUAAAUGCAGUGUAUGUGCACGAGGAAAAUGUUGGAAAGAAUUAAGCUGGUGCUGUGAUUUAUGGUCAAGUGAAGAAGAUGAACACUCACGUUUGGAUAUUCUUGUUGUACUUUUUAGUUUUGAACAUAGUCAUAGGACAAACGCGUUCGAUUCGCAACACCUACAGUCAGAAGUGCACCGCUCGGCUUGAAUCCGCUCUGGACACAACGAUGAAGCGAAGCCAGCAGCGCUCGGGAUUUGGAACGCUCAUCGAUUUCUCCAGCACGGGAACCCAGCGGCAGUCACUGUACAAUCGGUCGCCCCACAAUAACUACGAGGAGGACAUCGAGCAAAUUAUGUCCGACUAUAAGCAAAAGUACAACAACGGUCACCAGAGUUCGGGGUCGUUUUUCCCCCCGUCGGGUUUGUCCGCAACGUCCCAGGUUGAGGUGGCCAAUUUGCGGGUCCGAAUACCGCAGAACAUGCACUGGGUCGUGGUGGAUCGGUGUCGUUUUACCGAGCAGAACCGGACGCUGGACACGAAGUUGGAAUUCCCCGAUCUACAAAUCAGUGGCCGAGUGAUCAUGCAUCCGUCGGGUGGUCGUUGUGAUAUGAUUUUGCGGCUACGCCGUGCAGGUAUUGAGUUUCGAACGGUUCCGUUGCUAACAACUGGAGGAAUAGGCGAACGAAGCCGGCAGGCUAAUGUGAGGACGGAUUCACACUUUUCCGAACCGGGAUUCAUUUCGGUGUUCGCUCACAGUUGCGAGGGCCCAACCGGGAUUAAAUAUCGGAUCAACUCGAAAAGGAGGCAUUUUAUUUCGAAACACCAAACGAAUGGUUAUGAUAAUUUCUACCAGAAGGAUUACAGCAACGAAUUCCAACGCAACAUGGAACAUAAACGAUCGAUUGACUUGAACGAGGAUGAAGGUUUGAGUGAUAGAGAUAUUUUCAAGCUAAACGAUGGAGAUUCGCUGUUUCUGUCGCCUGCUUCCAUGUUGGUAGACGUAGCGAACGAAGAACGCCCGUCCAUGGCUUCCCCUUUCAGUAUUGAUCAGACCAACGGACGGGCGUUGCACUCGGAGCGUAACCCAUUCGCGUACAACGCCUAUGCUGGCAAUGGCGCUGGCUGGCAAACGGUGGAAACCAACGACGCCUUGGAUGAGGCCUAUUCCAACGAAAUCGACAAUCUGUUCGCGAAGGGCGUUCGAGGGCUACUGACGAGCUACAUGCAGAAGGCACUGCAGCCGGCGAUCAAGGAAACGCUAAUGGAGAGUAUGGGCUAUACGUUGUCGUAUGGCUGAGUAAGGGAGAAAGAGGGGGGUUUAAAGGGUUUUUAGUUGUUAAUAAACAUAAUUUAU